CUUUAUAGGAGGAGAAGCUUCCACACAUACACCCUGGUAAACAGAGAGGGAGAAGGUUGAUUUCACUUUAUGGGAGCACACACCACAGAGGGUUUGUGGAUAUAUCCAGCUGUUGAUGUGAUGCUCCUGACAUGAGUGAAUGGCCCCUUAUAAAGCAGACAUGACAGCAGAGGAAAUCCUGGUCCCGUGGGUGUCCAGCCCUGCGGGGGAGGUCAAGUUAAUGCCUGAACACGGGUUGGAGGAGGAACUCAACAGCUGCAACCAGGAAGUAACGCUCUAUCGCACGGACACGGCCACUGAGGAGUGUGCAGCAAUCACAGACAGUCUGUGCAGCGACGAGCCGUUUUGUCGGAUCUGCCACGAAGGCAGCGCCUCAGGGGAGCUGCUGUCCCCCUGCGAGUGCUCUGGGAGCCUGGCCAUGGUGCACCGGGCCUGCCUGGAGCACUGGCUCACCGCCUCCAACAGCAGCCACUGUGAACUCUGCCACCACCAGUAUGCACUGGAGCGCCUGCCAAAACCUCUUACUGAGUGGUUGUGUUCUCCAUCCAUGCAGCAGCAGAGGAGGACGCUGUGUGGCGACGCCGUGUGUUUCCUCUUCAUCACGCCUCUGGCCAGCCUGUCAGGAUGGCUGUGUGUCCAGGGAGCCAUGGACCUCUACCACACCAACGGCAUGGAGGCCCUGGGGCUGCUGGUCCUCACGCUGGCUCUCUUCACCAUAUACGUCUUCUGGACCAUGGUAUCUGUGCGCUACCACACACAUCUGUUCAAGACGUGGAAGAAGACCGACCAGAGAGUGAGACUGCAGGUUCCCUCACCUGCCAACACUGCUUUUAACCAACAGACCCCGUCCAUAAACACCCUCAGCAAGACCACCAACAAAGAGACAAUGGUGUAGAGACUCCGGUCUACAACACUGAACAUACCUCAUAUAUAAAUAUAUAUAUAUAUAAAUAUAUAUAGAAAGGGAAGAGGAGAACAGAGUGUCCCAGUCCUGACAUGGCAACAGAUAUGAAGCCAUAUCAUAGCAUAAUAACUGUGCAUAAUGUAAUAAUUUAAAUGUAAUAAAAGCUCUUAAUGUAAUAAAACAUUCAGUGCAUAACGUAAUAACAGUUUUGUUCAUAAUGUAAUAAGUUAUUACAUUGAGAACAUUACAUUAUAAACUUAGCAAAAAAAAGCUGAAUGAUAAUAAAUUCAGCGCAUAAUGUAAUAAUUGAAUAUAAAAAAAAAAAAAAAUUAAAAAAAAAAAGAGUACACUCCUUGUCUCUUAAAGCACAGAAGCACUUCUAACCAGGUAUAAAUUUAUAAAAAAGUUAUAAAUUAAUUGAUGAAAAUGUCCUCUUGUCCAGUUGCUUUAAAUCAUCUACUUUUGUCAUUUAAAACUAUAAGGUUUCCUAUAAGGCUUUAAGAGACAAGGAGAGUACUCUUUAUUAUUACAUUAUUCAACUUUUUUUUGCUUAUAAGUUUAUUAUAUAAUAAUGUUCUCAUAAUGUAAUAACUUAAGUUAUGAACAAAACUGUUAUAACAUUAUGUGCUCAUGGUUUUAUUACAUCAUGAGCUUUAAUUACAUUUAAAUGACUACAUUAUGUGCAGUUAUUACGUUAUGAGUAGCUACACUCCUUCAAGAGCUGGAGGACUGUUACACCAGCCUCUGGAACAUUUUACUGGCCGUCAAAGGAGCAAAUCUAAAGACUUCUGACAACCUUUGAGUCUGUUUUAAUGCGAUGAAGACGAACAUCUUGUGACACCGUCUCCAAAUCAGAAGAGGCAUUCUGGCAACUGUGGACAUGUUCAGUAUUUUUUUUAGAGUCCACGGUGACAAUCGGUAUCAUUUCCUGAAGACAAUGAAGCGUUCUGGACUAAUCGGAUGUUAUUUUUCCUCCUCGUGGACAAUCUGUUGCAACUUUACAGAGAAGAACUAAAGUGAGAAAUGCUUAAGCUCCGGCACGUCAUCCAUGUGACAGUUCAUCAGCUGUUCACACACAAACAAUUCAUUAAGACUCUGCUCAUUAUUCCUGCCACAUGGAUGUUUUUUCCAAUGCUGUGAGCAGGACAAAUAAAACUAAAACCAUCUGCAUGGCUACAUACGGUAACACUUCAUUUUACAGGUUUAAAGAAAUUUCAAAGAAGUUAUUUACUAAUUAUCAUCUAUUUAUCAGCAUACAAA